GAGCGGGGAGGUUCCUCUGGAAAAUGCUGUCAAUUAUUCUGUGCCAUUGAAAACGGGCGAGGAACAGAGGGGGAAGUACAAUGACACUUCAAUUCAGCAGGGCGGCAUUUCCUGGGAUCUGUGAGAGUUUGCAUGUGUCCGUGUGAUCAGGAGAGUUUGUCAGGGAUAAGUUGGCGUGGCGUUCUGCAGACGCUGUAAUUCUGUUGUGGAUUUCCUCGGUACAUCACCGCGUAGGAAUGAGUAUUAACAUCCCCGCUGGGUUGACGGACUUGCUGCAAAGCUUCACCGUGGAGGUGCUUCGGAAACAGCCGGACGAUCUGAUCGGCUUCGCCGCGCAGUAUUUCAGCAGGCUGCAGGCGAGCCGUGAGGUGUCUGUCGGCAGCGCCGCUGGCCGAGCCCCCAAGACGGUCAACUUCGCCGAGGAACCCAUGCAAACCGAUUCUGAGAACGGCGACGAGGACGAAGACGACAUCGAUGAGUUGGAAGUUCCAGUCAAAAACAGAUUAACUCGACGACCGUCUGUAUGUGCGGAGCCUUUCAAUCCUGAUGAGGAAGAGGAAGAUGCAGAACCACGGGUUAUUCAUCCAAAAACUGAUGAGCAAAGGAGAAGAUUGCAAGAUGCAUGUAAAGACAUUCUGCUCUUCAAAAACUUAGACCAGGAACAAAUGUUUCAGCUUUUGGAUGCCAUGUUUGAAAGAUCUGUUGAAGUGGGGGAACACGUGAUUGAUCAAGGAGAUGAUGGUGAUAAUUUCUAUGUAAUUGAAAGGGGAAAAUAUGAUAUAUUUGUAAUUGUGGAUGGCAUGCAAAAGUGUGUUGGGACCUAUGAGAACCAUGGUAGCUUCGGUGAGCUAGCAUUAAUGUAUAAUACACCCAGAGCGGCAACCAUUAUUGCUACCUCCAAUGGAGCGCUAUGGGGCUUGGACAGGACAACAUUUCGUAGAAUUAUUGUGAAGAACAAUGCCAAGAAACGGAAAUUAUAUGAAGAAUUUGUCGAAUCAUUGCCACUUCUAAAGUCACUAGAAUUGGGGGAAAGGUUGAAAGUAGUCGAUGUAUUUGGAACCAAAACGUACACCGAUGGAGAACGCAUAAUUGCUCAGGGAGACAAAGCUGAUAGCUUUUAUAUUGUAGAAUCUGGAGAAGUCCGGAUAACUAUGAAGCACAAGUCUAAACCUGAUGCAGAUGAUGGAGUGGAAAUAGCACGUUGUUCAAGAGGACAGUAUUUUGGAGAACUUGCUUUAGUAGCAAAUCAACCACGUGCAGCCUCUGCAUUUGCUGCGGGAAGCGUGAAAUGUCUAGUUAUGGAUGUUCAAGCAUUUGAGAGACUGCUCGGUCCCUGUAUGGAAAUUAUGAAAAGAAAUAUUGCAAAUUAUGAGGAGCAACUGGUGAAUCUUUUUGGAACAAAUAUGGAUCUAGCUGAUCGCAGCGCAUGAAAAAAGAAGAAUCACAGAAGUCUCAAUACAUCACUGUGGAAACUGAUUUUACCACUGAAAGUGCAUUUGAAUUGUGCAGAAGCAAACAAUUUUUAUAAUGAUUCUAUUUAUUUCAAACCAAAAAUGGAAAUUAUUCUUUUGCGGUUUAGGAAUAAUCCAGAGUAGUAGCCUUUACUGCUUUUUAUCUUGCUCUCCAGAGUAAACAAGUCAUUAAAUAAUGGAAACGUGCUGAAAUAUAUUAGUCAUAUUUGAAAUGGAUAGUUCAACGAAAUAGUUCUUCAGCAAAGUGUCUGUAAUGAUCAACAAAGUAUACAAACUUUGGAUUUUAACAGUGUUUUAGUACAAUUUAAGCUGUUGAAUAACAAUUUACAAUUAUGGUCUUAUUAUAUUGAGAUACAUCAUUAAGUACACAGAACAUGUAAAUAAGAAAGUAGAAUUAAUUUCAUUUCUAUGCAGUUUGGCAUCAUAACAUUAAAUUUUCAUUCAGAAGUAUGAUAAUUGGUGAACACGAUUGAUUUUCAGCUAUCUCAUUCUGAUGAAUUAGAAUAGAAUGAAAAUUACAAAACUAUUAGAACUUGUUCAAAUAAAAUAUAUAUCAUGAAGUCCAAGAGAAGUAUAUCUGGUGAAGUGAAAGUUUAAAGAAAGAAUUUAUUUCUAAACUUAUUUUUACAGUAAAGUAACCAAUAUAGUUUUACCCUGUAAUUUUAAGUCUCCCACUAUAUAUCUUGAAUUUUUUAGAACAACAAUCAUGAUGUGUUUUGAAUAUGAUUUUAUUAUAAAAAUUGAAAUGACAUGAGAGAAGCAAUUCCAUUAUUUUGGAAUAUGCAGGUAAUUACCAAAUGCUGAUGAUUAAGUGGUUCUAAAGGCUUCCUUCAGAACUGCAAACCAUUUAGACUGUGGCUUUAAUUAGUAUGCAGGGCAAUGUCACUGCACUGAGGACAGACAAGGAAUUGGAAGGGGUGUGCAUAUUUCAUUAAGAGCGAUGAUUCUGUUAUCUGUUUUCACAUCAUGCAGUGAAUAUUAUUCCAUUAGAUCUAUUUCAGUCCAAUUAUUUAUCUCUCUCUAAUUCACAAUUUCUGUUUAAUAUGGAUGUUACAUUGAAUUGAAAGGGAUAUUGAGAACAAAAAUAAUAAUUUCACUCUGGUUUUGUAUCCAGAAUAUUUUGUCUGACUUAAAUCAUUAUGGAUGUGCAUUACAUGGUAGCCAGAUACUAAAGACUGUCGAGUAAUCAAAUAAUUCUCCCUAGUGAACAAUGUUCAUCCCACAUGUUGUCCUGUACUAGGAUUAUAACCCUUUUUUUAAAAAAAACUACUUUUGGAUUAUUACUGUUUUCUUAAGUAUAUCUAGUCAUUUUUAGAAGAUGUAUA